AUGGAUAAUGUCUGGAAUGAAGAUAACAUAAAGUGGGUGGAAUUCAAAAAUUUAGUAGUGGGAGGAGCUAGCGGAAGAAAAAUUGUAGUCACCACUCGGAGUAACCGAGUUGCAGAGAUCACAGGCACAAUCUCCUGCCACUAUUUGAAAGCUUUUCCUUAUGAAAAAUCUUUAUCCUUGUUUCUCAAAUUUGCUUUCAAGAAAGGGAAAGAGAAACAACAUCCAAACCUUGUGAAAAUUGGGCAAGCAAUUGUGAAGAAAUGCCAAGGGAUUCCUCUAGUAGUGAAGGAUCUUGGUGGUAAUGGUUUACAACACUUGAAAUCACUUCAACUUUUAGUUAUUUAUGGCUGUCCCAAUCUGAAAUAUUUGUUUCAAGAGAUUCAGGAACUCACAUCCCUGAAUACACUGGUUAUUGCUGCUUGCAAAAACUUGGUAUCAUUGCCACUUGGUUUGGAAAAUCUAACUGCAUUACAAUCUCUAAUUAUUGCGGAUUGCGAACAACUUAAUUUGAGUAGGGCACAAGGAUUCCAAGAGAAAAUAGAAAAAGUAGAAGAAGAUGGUUUCAGCCUUCUAUCAUUGGGCAUUGUAAACUUACCUAAGCUGGGGGCUUUACCCCAAUGGCUUCUACGAGGGUCCGCCAACACCUUAAAGAAUCUAACCAUUGCAGAGUGUGUAAACCUCACAACUUCAGUAGAGUGGCACAAUCUCACAUCACUUGAAAAACCUGCCAUCAUCCACUGCCCACAAUUGUUAAGUCUGCCAAAUAACAUGCAACGCCUCAAGCAAUUGAAGAUUGAAUAUUGUCCUCUUUUAAGUCAAAGAUGCCAACAAGGAACCGGUGUGGAUUGGCUCAACAUUGUUCAUGCCUCUUUUAUUGUUUUGGAUGGCAAUGCAAUUUCAGCUAAUGAUAACUGA